UUUUACGCAAUUUUGCUGAGUGAUACUCUUUGGUUUUGCUCCCCGAGAGACAGCUGUGAACAGACACCUCUGCAGGGCGGAGGAGGGUCCUGGGAGGGUCAAAGGAACGGGGAGAUCGUCACCCUGUGACGCCAACGUUGUGACGCAGUCAGUCUAUAGUGCAGCUACAAAGGGUUGAUCUGUUGGAUUUAAAGUUUGAACAUGGUGUUUCGUUAAAAUGGUUAAUUUUUUUCAUUUGAACUAUGUCGACUGUAGAAUUGAAAACCCUUUUUUACGAAAGUCGUUAUCCCUCAGGAUGGGCUACAGUUUCUCUACUGCUUUAUGCACCUAUUGGACUAAUUCUAGUGGUGUUAAGAACAUUCAUUGCUCUUCAAGCAUUAGUUGCAGCUGCAGUUCUUCCAGAACUUUCAAGUGUGAGAAGGUUUGUUCUUCGGUCCAUGUGCGUUGUAUUGGGCAUAGUUGUUAAAGAAGAAAAUGUGUCUCAGAGAAAUGAGAAUGCUCGAGUAAUUGUAUCCAAUCAUGUAUCUCCUUGUGAUCAUCUUGCUGUACAUGUCUUAUCCAGUUGUGUUACUCCAUGUACUUGGGGACAGCCUGCUCCCAUAUUCCGUGUCAUUGGUGUAAAAGAUUUCAAUCUUUCUCAAGGUGUUGAUGCUGUUGUGACAAAAAUUAAUCAUCAUUUAGAACAGUAUUCCACCCCAGUUUUGGUGUUACCAGAAGGCUCAACAACCAGUGGGAAAACUGGGUUAUUGAAAUUUGCAGUGUGGCCAUUUCGCAUUAGAAGAUCAGUUCAACCUGUUCUCUUGAAAGUUUGGCGGCCUUAUGUGACCCAGGUAGCUCCUACUGCACUUGUUUCAAGUUUUUGGGCUGAUAUAUUUUGGUUUUUGUUCUCUCCAAGUACUGUUUUUACAGUCAGAUAUCUUCCAGUGGCUGAGCAAGAAGAAGAGGAAACUGACUUGCAGUUUUCAGUUAGAGUUCAACAGAUGAUGGCUGAUGCAUUGGGAGUGGUUGCUACAAAAUAUACAAGUGGAGAUAAGGCUGAAUAUGAAAAAAGAUACAUUUUGGAGCUUAACAGACCAGUUCCAUCGUAUUCCAGUAACUCAGAAUUGCAGCGAAUGGCUCGCCAAGUUCGAGAUGUUCUUCCACAUGUGCCCUAUGAUGUUGUAGUGAGAGAUUUAAGCAGAACGAGAAGCAUUGAUGUAACAAUUACAAAUAUAUUAGAAGGACAUAUUUCUUUCACACCUUUGCCAGAGCCUCAACAUGAGGCAGUUCAUGUACUUGGUACACAAACAACAGAUGAAAAUUCAGUUUCUUUUGUUGCCCCCACGACUAGCACACAGGGGACAUCCUUUCUGGAUACCUCUGCUCCUUCAUUUCCUCGCUCAGCUCAAGAGAGGAUGCUCUCCUUUAACGAGCGAAAGGCUCGGCUCAUAGAGAACGCUCGUCAGAAGUACAUCGAAAAGCAUGGUUUGAAGCUAGUGGGUUUCAACUGUUGAUAUACAAACAUUAAUUGCAGUACAGGAAUGAAACUUCAAUUUGAUGUUUCUGGAAGAGUUUCCUGUAAUGGACUUUAGGAAAUGAUUGUGAUGUACAGAUCAAUAGAUAGAUUCCAGUUUUGACUUAAGUUUUAAUUCUUCAGCGGGGGUCAUGUUUAGGCGUAUUUUCUUUUGAUUAUUUAAGUUGUGGUGGGUUAAUUAAUCAUGUACAUCACGGUUUAUGAAAAUUAAUGAUAUUUAGUUUCUUGUAUUCUUUAUACAGUUCAAAUUAAUUAUUUUCAAAAUAAUUGUAGUACAGUUGAUGAAAGUGCAGUUUCUCAUUGUACUAUAGGCAUCAGUAGGAAUUUCAUAUGUGCAUUUAUGUGCUACUUCGCUUUUAUUUUCAGUGAUUUUGUGCUCUGGAUGCAGUGCUGAAAAACAUUGACAUCACAUAAUGUCAAAAUAUAAGCAAUACAAGACCAGUAGCAUACAAUUUUAGUCAUUUAGAAAAAAUGUAAAGGAAGCAAAUUGUUUGAAUAUGGUCCCGUGCAUGUCCUAUUUCAUGCAUCAAACAAAUUAUCAAGUUUUUAUCAACAAUAAAGAGAUCAUUCUGAAGAGCCUUUUGUUUCUUCUCUUCUUUCACUAACUGUACACUGUGAUUAAAAUAGACUUGGAACGUUUGUACUUUUUGUUUAAUUACUGCACUCUUUUGUAUAGUGUUUCACAUUUUUAAGGCAUAUUUAAUAGAUCAAAAUUCUUCAAUUUUUCUAAUUCUCUUUGAAAAUCUAUUAAUAGUUGAUAUUUAGGGAUUCAUUGAAUUUGACAAAUUCCAAGUUGUUCUGUUUGAUUGUCCAUAUUUAAUUUCAACUUUCAAGAGUGGGCGUUUAAAGUUCUCGCUAAUGAAAUAUGUUCUCAAGGUUUCCAUCUACUUCACUGCAAAGUUCAAAAGUUUCUUUAGAGAUGAUUUUCAUUUGUGCUAGUAGACUUCUUUGAUGCCCAGCUUCUUCGUUGGUUUCUUCAUGCCAUACUUUUUGCACAGACUUUAUAAUAAUAUCAGUUAUGGUGUAAAAUCUAACAUUCAUUUACAUUUCAAAAUAAAAAAAUAAUCUUAUAUUUUGAUCCAAGUCUAAGCAAGCCAUUCCAAUAUAAAUAUUACAUUUCAUUCUUAGGGCCAGUUUAAAUCUGGGUUAGCAAAAUUUUUAUUUUUCAUCAGAUAUGAUCCCUCCUGUAGGGGCUGAUGGGUUUCUGAAGCAAUUUUUGAUCCUCUUUUCUUUUUCUUUUUUUUCUCUUCUUUCUUUUUUACCAAAUACAGGUGUAAGGUAAUGUAGCAACAUGAAUUAUGAUAUGAUGACAAAAACACCUGUGUCAUAUAUAUCAAUAUAUUAACAUUGUAUUCUUUGGUCUCAUUUCAUUCCUUAUUAGAAAGUUACUUAGAGUAUAUGAUCUUCUCAUAAUAGUUUACUUGCCUUUUUGUCGAAUUUUUAAUGCAAGUUAUGUGUCAACUUGCCUUUCUUCUUGCAGUGUCUGGCAACAAACAGUUUCAUACAUAAAUCUCUGUCCAAAAUCGGUAAAUUGUAGAUUUCAAAUAUUUGACUAUUGUCUCAUUCCCUUUUCCUACAAUUUUAACUGCCUUAACAGCCGAAAGUUGCAACAUUUGCAUGCAUCCCUUUGUGACUGGACUCUCUCUUACACUGGUUUCUGACAAAGUUUCUUCUGCUCUGCUGUCUUCAAUCUACCACCAUCUCCCAAACAAAACACACCUUUUUCAGCAUUUAUCCUCUUAUUCUAUCGCAUCAUAUGUACAUCAUUCCUUAGCAAAUUUUGUUUCGCUUUUUUGUGGGCCCUCAUCUCAGAAAGGCUACUAUCGUUUCAGUAAAUUUUUCUGUUGGUCAACUAAUUCUUUUGUCAUCAAUUUUUAAUUUUGAUAAUUUUUAUUUUCUAAAAACUUGCAUUUACAAUGCAGUGUUUUUCAUUGUUGCACAUAAAUACAUUAUGGGAUUGCCUUGUAACAUGCAACCUGUCACAAUAGUGACUGUCGAAAAUAGCAUGGGACCACAUUGAGACAAUUUAAAGGCAACUUACGACAGUCAAAUAAAGAAAUGAAAAAAUGGAAAAAAAAAAUGUUACACUUCAAUAAUUGAGACUGAGGAAUAUUCCUCCUCUAAGCAUUCUAUCAGAUUAGCUGUAAAUUUCAUUGCAUUAAAAGUAUAAGUAUUAUUUUCAAAACUACAUUAAUGUUUCGUUUUUAAAUAAUUGGAGUUAAAAGACUGAUCAUAUUGUAUGUACUGCAAUGCAGGAAAAUAAAUAUCUAGAAGGUUUCGUAAUUAAAUUGUGCUUGGGGAUCCAAUUAGGAAAGACAAGGGCUAUAUAUUAAAAAAAGAUACGUAUAGUCUAAACAUGAGCAUGCUUUGUGUCCAUGAAAAUAUUAAAUGUAUGUUUUUGAGAAAAUUUUGUUCUGGGUGAAUAAUUUACAACUUUUGUGUCAGCAGUUGUUGUUAGAAAUGCUAUUAUUUUUAUUGAAAUAAAAGUAAGAAUUUUUACAGAUACGACAGUAAAGUAGAUCUAAGGCUUUGCUUAUAUUUCUUUUCUUUUUCAUUUCCCUUCUGCUGUUCUUGUUGUUGGUUUUUUUUUUUAUGGACACAAAUAUCACUCUGCAGAGGACGGUGUAAUUGAGAAUAUUUAAUAACACAAAAGGGCAGUCGAAAAAACUAGCCCUAGAUAGUUACUGCAAUGUCUGAUACAACCAACGUUAUUGCAGCUUUUAUAGGGAUCGUUUGUGGAUUUGCAAGUUAAAUUUCAGGAACACAACUUUGUUAGUUUCACUUCUAAUGUGCAUUGCAUGUGAUUGUUUAACUUUUGUAAGUAAAAUGGCAGUUAUUGAGAGAAGGAAGAACCGUGCUAUCAUUGAAUAUCUUCUUUUGAAAGGAUUGUUGUGGGAGGAAAUUGUGGAGGACAUUCACAAGACACUUGCUGAUAGUUCUCCAUUUAAUGGACAGUGAGAAACUGGGUGGCCGACUCCAAACUUCGAAGAACCAGAAUGGAAGUGUGCCAAGGCUUGGAAGGCCAAUCAUCAUUGCCACAGAAAAAUAGUGGUGCUAAAACAGCACAUACUUUCUCAGUUUUAGUAAUGUUAUGUAAUAUUUAUACCACAAUUUCUCUCCGAAUUAACCCAUCUGUCAUAAUUUUUUGUAAAACUCAUUUGAAAUCUUAGAACUUUUGAUGUGAAAAUUAGUGUCUAGGAAUAGAUUUAUUAUUCAAAACUAAAUGAAAAUA